AUGUUGAAUGUUGAGGCACAGAACAAGAUCAAAAGCUCAAAGACACAACUGCAGCUGCUUGUUGAGAGGCCUGAUGUUCCUUCUCUCCCACAAACCAAUGGCGUCAACUCUCCGGAGCAGCUCACCGGCCGCUUUCAGGAGUCUUUAAUCGUGAGUCGUGAUGAGAAUCAGAACUACAGAGAGUACAGUCCUGCGUCCCUGUCGCCUGGACCCUACUCCCCAGACCCCCCUGCAAGUCCCAAUGGAAAAAUCAUGAGUCCCAACAACAACCACAAGGGUGUCCAGAUGCGCUCAUGGUCUCCUGAGGACAGAGGCCUCAGACUGUCCAGACCGCUGUCCCAGGAGUUCUCGCCUGAUUACAGAAGCAACUCUUUGUCCAGUCGAACUCCCACUCCCCCGGGGCGCUACUCUCCUCACAGCCCCACUGACAGAGAUGUGCCCAUGUCCCCACGGCGCAGUAGUUCGGGCUCUGACUUUGCCAUGCAGAAGUUUGACAAGGACUCGGAGGUGUACAAAAUGAUCCAGGAGAACAAAGAGUCUCGCACGGCGCCGCGACAAUCCAACACCUUCAAAAUGCUGCAGGAGGUGCUGGAAGCGGACGAGAAAGAGGCUGCACGGAUGUUCCCAGGAAACCUCUCUCCCAACCCGCCCAAGACCAGCUCCGUGGCGGGUGUCAACAAACACCACCCCUGUGAGAAGUGUGGCACCAGCAUCGUGACCCAGGCGGUGCGCAUUGCGGACGAACGUUUCCGUCAUGCCGAGUGCUACACAUGCUCAGAUUGCGGGCUGAACUUGCGGAUGAGGGGCCACUUCUGGGUCAAUGAUGUCAUGUACUGUGAGAAGCACGCCAACGAGCGGUACCAUGGACCCGGCCGAUCCCCUCAUUACUGA